ACAGUAGUAUUAAAAGUAUGUUGCCACAGGUUUGUUGGCGAUAGAUUUAUUCGUUCCUGAAGAAAAAGAUACCAGCAUUUCUUUGAAAAUAUAUCUACAUUAUCUAGAAGAUGUCAGCAGUAUYAAACGCGAAUUUUGUGGUCAGUUAAAUUUGGUGCAAUGUCAAGUCGGGUAGCUGUCACAAGUUCGUCAGCAACGACUAUCAGAAAUCCGCUGCCGAAUAUCAACCAUCGCCGACCCAAGUCAGAUACAACGGCAAAGAAAAGAGCCACAAAUAAGGUGGACAAGGAAUCAAACCAUGAAAAUGCGGACAACGAGUUAACUCUGCAAAUUCUUGAAAAGGCACAAGAGAGUCAUCCUUCCAAGGUGUUUGAAAUUAACCUGAGUAGUCAGAAGUUGACUAGCAUACCAGACAUAAACCAGUUUUGUAAAGUCAGGAUAUUAGACUUAUCUUGCAAUAUCAUCACAAGAAUARAUGGCCUUCAUAACUUAAAUGAACUGAAGGAGCUUAAACUUUACUCAAACAAAAUAGAAAAAAUUCAAGGACUAGAAAAAACCAAAGAGCUCCACAGCCUUCAUCUUCAACACAACAGAAUUCAAUCCAUAGGGAAAGGCUUACAGYAUGUGCGUAAACUGAAGACUCUACGACUGGAUAGCAAUUUACUGUCCAGUAUUGACCACCGUGAGAUAGGGGGCUGUGCUGACCUUGCAAUCCUGGAUAUCAGUAAUAACGCUCUUACUAAUAUAUCGGCUAUCAAUUGUUUAUCAGCACUAGAAGAACUUGAYGUAUCAGCAAAUAAACUUACUGCUCUACCAGAUAUCAGCAGAUGUAGACAUUUACAAGAAUUAGACCUGUCAAGGAACAGUAUUCAUGAUCUAUCUGGGCUGAAAGGGAUGGUUUGUCUAAUGACUCUACAUAUUGCAAACAACCAAUUAACAAGCCUGAGCUCAAUUGGAAAACAAAAAAAAUUGCAAGAAUUAUAUGUUCAACAAAAUAAAUUGUCUUCACUGAUGAACACAGCACAGCAGUUUCCUUCCCUAGAGGUUUUMAACAUUUCCCAUAAUGCUAUUAGAUCUUGGGAAGAGUUUGAUAAUUUGAAACAAACAAAUGUGGUAGAGCUUUGUGUAAUAGGAAAUCCUUGUAUUUCACCUGACAAUAUUGGGUAUCACCACGUUCUUCAUGAAGAUAUUCCUUCACUAGAAUUGGUAGAUGGGGUAUCAUUAAAGAGACCAACGUCGUCUUCUGGUAGAAGUAAACCCCUCAUGAGACCAAUAACCGCAUCACAUGUGUUGAGUUCAAGGCAAGUCGAAGAGCAGCUAAAGGCYACUGUGAUGGAGCAAAAUUUGUUUGAGGAAUCCAUCUCUAGAAGGUUUGACAUCGUGAAAAGUAUUUUUGAUUCCUUGCCAAGAGAGGUACAAAAGACACUUCCAAAUGUCGUUCAAGAAUCGCCGAAGCGCAACAGUUUGCAUCAGAACAUUUUCAUCCAGGACAAGACAAGAUAUCGUAGAACGUUAUAAAAAGCAUAUAUUUAAUCUUAUUUAAGUUAAGUAUAAGUCAGAUGUAAUUAUUGUUUACAAAACAAAUUGGUAAAAAAGUAAACAGAGUGAAAAAAAAUUCUACUUUUUAAGACAAAGUUCUUGAUAUUUAGUGUAUGCACAAAGCUGUAGAGUCACUCAAGGAACAUAACGAAACAACUGAGAUGGUGUCUAAACGAUUUGAUUUGAAACUAAGAAUCACUAAAAGAUGGCAUACAGAUUCUGAGAUGUACAUAUUUUUUAAAUUAAAGUGUUAUAGAAGAAA